UCACUUUUAGGAAUCUCAAAAAGACCACACAAACAUACAUACACACACAAAAAAAAAAAGAGAGAGAGAGAGAGAGAAAAAAAAAAUAUGACUAGGGAGAGAUGGAGUUUCGUCAUCAUCCUUUCGAUUAUCUCAUUGUUAGCAAAUACGAUUAAUUCUCUACAACUAGAUCGGCACAGUUUUCCUCAUGGUUUCAUUUUUGGAACAGCUGCUUCAGCGUUUCAGUACGAAGGUGCAACAAACGAAGGCGGCAAAUCUCCAACAAUAUGGGACCACUUCAGCCGCACUUAUCCAGAAAGGACCAAAAUGCAUAACGCAGAUGUAGCAGUUGAUUUUUACCAUCGUUACAAGGAUGACAUCAAAUUGAUGAAGGAGCUAAACAUGGAUGCUUUCCGAUUCUCGAUCUCGUGGUCCAGAUUAAUUCCCAGCGGAAAACUAAAAGAUGGAGUAAAUAAAGAAGGUGUACAAUUUUACAAGGAUCUCAUCGACGAACUUCUUGCUAAUGAUAUACAACCUUCUAUGACGCUUUAUCAUUGGGACCAUCCACAAUCUUUGGAGGACGAGUACGGUGGCUUUUUAAGCCCUAAAAUCGUAGAAGAUUUCCGAGAUUUCGCAAGAAUUUGUUUCGAAGAAUUUGGAGAUAAAGUUAAGAUGUGGACAACGAUCAAUGAACCAUACAUUAUGACUGUUGCGGGUUAUGAUCAAGGUAACAAGGCUGCUGGGCGAUGCUCCAAAUGGGUAAACGAAAAGUGUCAUGCUGGUGAUUCGAGUACCGAACCUUACAUUGUUUCACAUCAUACUCUUCUUGCUCAUGCCGCUGCAGUAGAAGAAUUCCGAAAAUGUAAACAAAUUUCGCAUGAUAGCCAAAUCGGGAUAGUAUUGUCCCCACGAUGGUUUGAGCCUUAUCAUUCUGAUUCUGCUGAUGAUAAAGAAGCAGCUGAACGAGCUCUUGCUUUUGAAAUUGGAUGGCAUCUCGAUCCAGUGAUUUAUGGAGAUUAUCCAAAUAUCGUAAAAAAAUAUGCAGGACAUAAAUUACCUUCAUUUACUGCAGAACAAUCAAAUAUGUUAAAAAAUUCAUCUGAUUUUGUUGGAGUAAAUUACUAUACGGCACGCUUUGCUGUUCAUACACCUCAGAUCGAUCCUGAAAAGCCUCGUUUCAAAACUGAUCAUCAUGUCGAAUGGAAAAGUACCAACCACAGUGGCCACCUUAUUGGACUUGGGGAAGAAAGGGGUUUAUUGUUGUCAUAUCCGGAAGGCUUGCGAAAAGUUCUAAACUAUAUCAAAGACAGAUACAAUAACAUGCCAGUCUACAUCAAAGAAAAUGGAAUCAAUGAUAACGACGAUGGCACACAACCAAGAGAAGAGAUUCUUAAGGACACAUUUAGGAUUGAAUACCAUAAGACACAUUUCGAAGAACUUCACAAAGCUAUAGUGGAAGAUGGGUGUGACGUAAGAGGAUAUUAUGCAUGGUCAUUGAUGGACAAUUUUGAAUGGGAACAUGGAUACACAGCUAGAUUUGGUCUUUAUUAUGUUGACUUUGUCAAUGGUCUUAAACGUUAUCCAAAAGAUUCGGUCAGAUGGUUUAAACGGUUCCUUAAGAGAUCGGUCGGAGAGACUAAAAAAGAAGAAGUGAUCAAGGAGAUGAUGUCAUGUAAGAAGUCACGUGAGGAGGGGAAUAAGACACUGUAUGAGCAAGAGGUACAAUCUGCGGGCUUCUUUGUAUCUUUCAUGGCGGGGAACCAAUCAAGGAGAGACGAGGAGGAGAAAAAUCGUUGCUCGUUUGAUUAUCCUUACAAUCAUUUGGUGUUUUGCAAAGAAUAGAGAAUCCGUCGUCAUUUUAUUGAUUUCAUAUCCCCUUAUGGUUUUUUUUUUUUUUUUUUCAUCCCUUAUUGUUAAAAAUAUGUAGUUGUUGGAAUUUCGUUUGUUAUAUAUGAUCUUAUUAGAAAGAGAGGGUAAUGGAGCUGCACCUGCACAUAGUUUGGCUAAAUUUGGCUGUUGUAAUUCAACCUUUAUUCUGAUUCUGUGUUUAUGCCUCUGUGGCUACAAAA